AGCCCCGCCCGCGCGACCGGCGUUUGCUUCAGCGGGGCCGCCUAGCAUCUUACCGGCUCCCAAGAUGGCGUCCAUCAUGGAAGGCCCGCUGAGUAAAUGGACCAACGUGAUGAAAGGCUGGCAGUACCGCUGGUUCGUGCUAGACUACAACGCUGGGCUGCUCUCCUACUAUACGUCAAAGGAUAAGAUGAUGCGGGGAUCACGCAGAGGCUGUGUUAGAUUGAGGGGAGCUGUGAUUGGUAUAGAUGAUGAGGACGACAGCACCUUCACAAUAACUGUUGAUCAGAAAACCUUCCAUUUCCAGGCUCGAGAUGCUGAUGAGAGAGAAAAAUGGAUUCAUGCUUUAGAGGAAACCAUCCUUCGUCAUACUCUUCAGCUUCAGGGUGUGGAUCCUGGAUUUGUUCCCAGUGUCCAGGAUUUUGAUAAAAAACUUACAGAAGCUGAUGCUUAUCUACAAAUUUUGAUAGACCAAUUGAAGCUCUUUGAUGAAAAGCUUCAGAACUGCAAAGAUGACGAACAGAGAAAAAAGAUUGAAGACCUCAAAGAAACAACCAGUAGCAUGGUUGAAUCAAUAAAACACUGCAUUGUGUUGCUGCAGAUUGCUAAAGACCAAAGUAAUGAGGAGAAGCACGCAGAUGGACUUAUAAGCACUAUUAAUCCUGUUGAUGCAAUAUAUCAACCUAGUCUAUUGGAAUCUUCAGUGAUCAGCACAAUGCCUACCCAAACUGUCUUACCUUCAGAACCAACCCAGCUUUGCAAAUCAGAGCAGCGACCUUCAUCCUUGGCAGUUGGACCAGUUGUAGCAUUAAUUGGAAGUCACCAGACUCCAACACCAAAUAGUACAGGAAGUGGCCAGUCAGCACCUAGCAGCAGUUUAACUUCUCCGAGCCAUGCCAAUAUUUCUCCAAAUACAGUUCCAGAUUUCUCUUACUCCAGCAGUGAAGAUGAAUUUUAUGAUGCUGAUGAAUUCUAUCAAACCAGCUCAUCCCCAAAGAGAUGUUUGGACUCUUCAGGGCCCGGGGCAAUCCUAACUCGUAGCAGCACAGGAAGUAGUAUGAAGCGCCCAGACACAACAGAGUCCCUCAACUCUUCCAUGUCUAAUGGGACAAAUGAUGCUGAUCUGUUUGAUCCCCUUGACGAUAGAGAUGACGAUACUGAAGGGGAAUCGGUGGAAGAACACAAGAGCGUUAUCAUGCAUCUUUUGUCACAAGUUAGGUUAGGAAUGGACUUAACCAAGGUGGUUCUUCCAACUUUUAUUUUGGAAAGAAGAUCACUUUUAGAAAUGUAUGCAGACUUCUUUGCACAUCCAGACUUAUUUGUAAGUAUUAGUGACCAAAAAGAUCCAAAGGACCGAAUGGUUCAGGUGGUAAAGUGGUACCUCUCAGCUUUCCAUGCAGGAAGAAAAGGGUCUGUUGCUAAAAAGCCUUACAAUCCCAUCCUGGGAGAAAUAUUCCGGUGUCACUGGGUGCUGCCAAGUGUGGAACAAGAAGAAACUACGGAAACUCUGGCAGAUGGACCACUUCCAUGGGUUACCCAAAACAGUGUAACGUUUGUAGCGGAACAAGUUUCUCACCACCCUCCAAUUUCAGCAUUUUAUGCAGAAUGCUCUAGCAAGAAAAUACAGUUCAAUGCCCACAUCUGGACUAAGUCAAAAUUCCUGGGAAUGUCUAUUGGCGUUCAUAAUAUAGGCCAAGGGUGUGUAUCAUGCUUAGAUUAUGAUGAGCACUAUAUUCUAACAUUCCCCAACGGUUACGGGAGAUCCAUUCUCACAGUGCCAUGGAUAGAGCUGGGAGGAGAAUGCAGCAUUAGCUGCUCCAAGACAGGCUAUAAUGCUACCAUAAUCUUCCACACGAAACCUUUCUAUGGUGGGAAAAAGCACAGAGUUACAGCAGAAAUCUUUUCUCCUAAUGACAAGAAAUCUUUCUGUUCAGUUGAAGGAGAAUGGAAUGGUGUCAUGUAUGCAAAACAUGCAACUGGGGAGAAUGUAGUCUUUAUAGAUACCAAGAAAAUGCCUAUCAUUAAAAAGAAAGUAAGAAAACUAGAAGAUCAAGAAGAAUACGAAUCCCGCUGCUUAUGGAAAGAUGUAACUUACAACUUAAAGAUCAGAGACAUUGAUUCAGCUACUGAAGCAAAGCAUAGGCUUGAAGAAAGACAAAGAGCCGAAGCCAGAGCCAGAAAAGAGAAGGAGAUUCCAUGGGAGACACGGCUAUUCCAUGAAGAUGGCGAAUGCUGGGUUUAUGAUGAGCCACUACUCAAGCGACUUGCUGCCAGUAAAUAUUAAGUGGAACACCUGUAUGAAGUUGAAGCCUUGGCUUAGUGGCGAUAGUUGUAACUUUCAAGUACUCUUCUUUUGGAGAGAGCCUGUCUCCUCCAGUUACAGUUCCUAUCUCAGGGAUACUGGAUUCACUGAUGCAGCGAACAAUUAAAACAGGAAGAGCCUUGACUGUGUAGCAGUAAUUUAUAUUGGCCUUUCCUGUCUGACCUCCCAUGCUUCUAGAAGAAUUAACCUGGGCUUGAUCCCCAUCAUAUAUGUUUUAACCACUGCUGUAAAAGGUGCAAUGGGGCAUUUGAUUCCAGUUACAUAUGAUUCUGGCAUCCUACAUAUACAUGACUUCAUUAGAGCCAGUUAAUUUGUGUAAAUAUGAGGAUUCAUUCUGCCAGUUUAGAAAAUGCAAGAUUCUAAUCUACCAACUGGUAUGUUUUGGGUUUUUUUAAGAAAUCAUUUUUUUGGCAUUUCAUUGUUUUCCCCAAAAUAACUUUGGUAUUUUUAGAAACUAAAAUGUAAUUUUAGAUUACCAUUUGGUUCCUGCUGGUGCAUCUAUAAUGCUUCAUAAAAUAGAUUUUCAAUUGUA